AUGGUAGAGCCCAUACAGUUUCCCGCAGAAAUAGUGGAGCAUGACGACCAAAUUGAACAACCGAUACAACAGCAAGAUGUUCAAUAGCCGCCGCCUCCUCAGCAGCAACACGAACCUCCGGUUGCAGCUCCUGGCAACUUGGCGGUAUGUGGCAUGGUUUUGUUCUGUGUACUUGUGUGUAAUGUCGAUUCACUGUUUCGUCUGUCUUCAAAUAACAUGAUAUCGCACCCUAUUUUACAAGUGCAUUAUAUGCUUAGUUUGUAUUUCUAAAAGACUUCAAUCUAAUUAGUUUCUGUGGCAUGUGUUGAUUGUCUCAUUUGCCCGUAGAAUCACUAAUGUUUCGUUUGUUUUUUUCUGAUUUAUCUAUAAUAUAUAUUAUUCUUUUAUUCUUAUUGUUAUUCUUUAUGCUAUAUGUAUAACUCGGGGCAUAGGAUAACAAUAUUGAGCAUAAACUUUGAUUGUGCAAUGCAGUUUAUUAUAUGCUUCAGUAACUUUCCGGGAUGGGCAGUUGUAAAGUAUUGUUGUCCAUGUGUUUAGAGCGUAACUCACUAUACCAUUGUGUCUCGGGCUAUUUUGUGUUCAUAUAUGAUGUGUGAUUAUGUGUAAGUUAUUUGAUUGUAAUGCAUGCAGAGUGCGUUUAUUCCAACUUAUAUGGCAUCAUUACCGAUUAUACGGCGUGCGUUUUCACUAGAUUGUAAUACAGGGUGAGUGUUCACCAGCAUAAUAGCGGGUGAGUUUUUACCGGGUUGAUACUGGGUGAGUUUUUACCAGUUUUGUAGUACAGGGUGAGUUUUCACCAGAUUGUAAUAUGGAGUGAGUUUUCACCACAUUGUAAUAAAGCGUGAGUUUUCACCGGGAUAAUACUGGGGGUGAGUUUUCACCAGAUUUGUAGUACAGGGUGAGUUUUCACCAGAUUGUAAAACAGAGUGAGUUUUCACCAGCUUUUCUAGUACAGGGUGAGUUUUCACCAGAUUUGUAGUACAGAGUGAGUUUUCACCAGAUUGUAAUACAGAGUAAGUUUUCACCAGAUUUGAAGUACAGGGUGAGUUUAAUUUUCACUACCUUGGUAUAUAGAGUGAGUUUUCAUGGAAAUCACAAUGGGUGAGUGUUCAACAGAUUGUAAUGCAGGGUGCGUUUUUACUGGCCUAACGCAAGGUGAGUUUUUGUGUGGAUAAUACAGGGUGAAUAUUCACUAGAUGAUAAUAUGUGAACUGAGUUUUCACCACUUUAUAGAGCGAAGGGCGAUUUUUCUUUGCAAUUCUUUCAAAGGGGUGACAUUUUCUCAACAUAUAUAUAUGCUAUUUAUUUGUGUUUUGAUAUGGGUCUCUUAUCCUGGUGAUAUUUUCCUUUUAGAAUUUGAAAGGAGAGGCGCAAACUCUUCAAAAAGCUUUAGAUAUCCUAACUAAGGCAUCUGUUGAAAGUAUCCUUCAUCGUCUUCUCAAUUUUAUGGCCUCCCCAUUGACUGAGUUCAAUAAAUAUGAAGCCUUAGAGAUGACUGAGGAGUUACAGAAUACAGCCCACGACCGUAACCACCCUAAGGAGCGUUAUUACAGAGUUGUGUACCAGACUGUAAGAGAGAAAAUAGAGGUCCCACCUCUUCAAUUUCAUGCCCUUUUACUGCGUUUAUUGGGAGAUAAAGAUCAAGAACGGGUCUCGGAGAUUGUUUCUAAGGUAGAAAAGCAUUUUAUGCGACAGCGACCUUAACAUGUUCCACCAAUGUCGAGAUAUUCGCCCCGCGGUCGUGGUGGCACACCUCCAUGGACACAUGCCCGUUGCUUCUAUUGUAAUAAAAUUGGCCAUUUUCAGUCUCAUUUGCAACAAGGAGAUGGACAGGUCUCCGGCAACGCGAGACCACAUUCCCAACCGAACAAUGCACAGUAUCAAUAAGUUAUACUAGUGUGGUCUAACUAUACGGUUGGAUUUCAAUUCUAGUGUGCUUCCAUCUCUAGAUUUCUGGAUGGAAUAACUAAUGUUACUGAUAACUACGGAAAAUAAUUCUAAACAUAAAUUUAUGCUUGAAUUUGCUGUCAACUUUAUUAAAUGAAUUUUGUUAUUAUCCCCUUUGUUUUUCUGUUGUUCCUUUUGUUGUUUGUAAUUUCCUUCUCUAAAAAAAAAUUCUUGUCCUCCAGUGGUGGUGUUGUAAUUGCCUUGAAAAUGGGUAACUAAAUCAAAUCCUCCUAGUUUACUGGGUCAAGGCACUCACUUCCCUGCUGACUUGGGAUCCCCUAUUGUGCAUGUUUGCAUUUUUACUCCAUGUGGUUAAUUCAUUGUAGACUUUUGCCCCUUGGCAAUGGGAGUAUGAUGUCGAGUUUGAUGCACAUGUUAUUCAGACUACUUUACCGACUCAAGCCGUUGGUUGGGUUACUUCUGUUGGGGAACCCAUGGUGGUAAGCGGGGAGGUCGCACCUACUACUGGCCUUGAUCGUCAUGUCACAAAGUAG